AGAGAGAGAAAGAGAGAGAGAGAGGGGGAGAGAGGGGCGCUCUGUCCUCGUGCGCUGUGCAGUUAAGUUGCAGGCGGCUCGAGCUGCUGCUGCUGCUGCGUGCCUCUGCUGCUCCGGAGGGGGAAACUCUCCUCCUCGCGCGACUUCCAACUCUCUCCCCGCGCAGUGCGGAGCUGCCAUGGAGCCCGCGCGCACACUCGCGCUCUUCACCCUGCUGCCGCUUCUCCUGCACGCGGACGGCCUCUACAUCGCCAGUAGCAUAGAUUCCCUGCAGCACGUGCUGGGGGACUAUGGACUGGUGAGGCCUGUUCUGACCGAUGCGGAGGGCCGCUUCCUGUCACACGCGGUAUCAGCCGGUCCAGCAGACGGGCAGUUCCGUAGGCGCUGGCGAAGAGAGGCGGAAAUGGCUGGCCACGCCCCCAACCAGGCCGGUGGGGACGGCCAGAGGCUGUACUACAAUGUCACCGUCUUCGGCCGGGAGUUCCACCUGCGCCUGCGCCCCAACAGGCGCCUGGUGGCCCCCGGAGCCAAGAUGGAGUGGCAGGGUUCGGACGCCACUCGCUCGGAGCCGCUGAGCAGCAGCUGCAUGUUUGUGGGCGACAUCACGGACGUACAGGGAGCCUCUGUGGCCAUCAGCAACUGUGACGGUCUGGCGGGAAUGAUCCGGACGGAGCAGGAGGAGUUCUUCAUUGAGCCGGUGGAGACGGGACAACAUGUGAUCGAGCAAGAGGAUGGAGGUGAUGGCCGUCCUCACAUCGUGUACCGCUCUGCUGCCGUGAAGAAGCCACCUGCUAGCUCGCUAACUGCAGAUUCCCACGCCAGAGGUGCUGAUCUGGGAGGUCUGAUGGACUUGGAGACUCUGUAUGAGGGAGUGGAGCGGAGCCUGAACCAGAGCCGCCGAGCCCGCAGGCAGUCUCCCGAACGAGCCUACAACAUCGAGGUGCUACUUGGGGUGGACGAUUCGGUGGUGCAGUUCCAUGGGCAGCAGCGCGUGGGGAAGUACCUCCUCACACUCAUGAACAUUGUGAAUGAAAUCUACCAUGACCGUUCCCUUGGAGCACGGAUCAACGUGGUUCUGGUUCGGAUUGUCUUGGUUGACCCCAAAAAGUCUGUGAGCCUGAUUGAGUUGGGGAACCCCUCUCAGAGUCUGGAGAAUGUGUGCCGCUGGGCGUUUGAACAGCAGAGGAAGGACACCAAUGACAAGGAAUACCACGACCAUGCCAUCUUCCUCACCCGGCAGGAGUUUGGGCCCACAGGGAUGCAGGGUUAUGCUCCUGUGACGGGCAUGUGCCACCCAGUAAGAAGUUGCACCCUGAACCAUGAGGAUGGAUUCUCCUCUGCCUUCGUAGUGGCCCACGAGACCGGCCAUGUGUUGGGGAUGGAGCAUGAUGGUCAGGGGAAUCGUUGUGGUGAUGAGGUGCAGAUGGGCAGUAUUAUGGCUCCGCUGGUGCAGGCCGCAUUCCACCGCUUUCACUGGUCGCGCUGCAGUCAGCAGGAGCUCGGACGCUACUUACACUCCUACGACUGUCUGCGGGACGACCCGUUUGAGCACACGUGGGAGGAGCUCCCUCAGCUGCCUGGCCUGCACUACUCCAUGAAUGAACAGUGUCGUUUCGACUUCGGCACAGGAUACAUGAUGUGUACAGCGCUGCAAAAGGUGGGGUCAUCAGGAGCCCAGUACCGCACCUAUGACCCAUGUAAGCAGCUCUGGUGCGCUCACCCUGACAACCCCUUCUUCUGCAAGACCAAGAAAGGACCCCCCAUUGAUGGCACGAUGUGUGGGGAUGGCAAGCACUGUUUCAAAGGGCACUGUGUGUGGCUGACCCCAGACAUCAUAAAGCAGGACGGGAACUGGGGUAUGUGGAGCGAGUUCGGCGCCUGCUCUCGGCCCUGUGGAAGAGGCAUUCAGUUUCGCACUCGCUCUUGUGACAAUCCACACCCUGCUAAUGGGGGACGCACUUGUACUGGCUCCAACUACCAGUUCCGGAUGUGUAACACUCAAGACUGUGAGGACCCUUAUAAGGACUACAGAGCUGAGCAGUGCAGCAUGAUGGACAGCAAAUUUGAAUACCACAACUCCAGACACCACUGGCUGCCUUAUGAACACCCUGAUCCUAAACAGCGCUGCAGCUUAUACUGCAAGUCCAAAGAGACCCGAGUUGUGGUGAACAUGCAGGAGCUGGUGGAACCAGGCAUCCGCUGUUCAUACAAAGACCCCUAUAGUGUGUGUGUGUAUGGGGAAUGUGAGAAAGUAGGCUGUGAUAAUGUGGUGGGCUCAGGGCUUCAGGAGGAUAAAUGUGGUGUGUGUGGAGGGGAUGGCAGCAAGUGCAAGACCCACAAGUUCAACUUCACCUUCUCUGAUAAGAAGGGUGUUAUUAAAGUUCUAGAAGUUCCUAGAGGGGCGAGGCAUCUUCUCAUCCAGGAACUGAAUGGGACAACUCACAUUUUGGCUGUGAAGAACAAAGCUACCGGUGAUUUCUUCCUGAAUUCCCAUGGAGAUUACCCAGAGACGCGCACCAUCAUCGAGAAAGGGCUGGAGUGGGAGUAUGAGAACAAGAACAAUAAGGACACCAUUCAGACCAGCGGUCCACUGAAAAAUGAUGUUGUUAUCAUGAUCCGGAUGCAUGGCUCAGCUAGAGCUAAGGUGUCGGUCAAAUACAUCACAGACAUUGACAGGCUGAGCGAUGGGGCCAACGAGAACAACAUGGUGCCUGACAAUGCAGUGCCCUACUCCUGGGUGGUAAAGAGGUGGACACCCUGCUCCAAGACCUGCGGGGGUGGUACGCAGACAACGCGCUACGGCUGCCGCAAGAACGCUGAGAUGAGGCUGGUGCACCGGCGCUUCUGUGACAAAAUCAAAAAGCCCCCUGCCAUUUACCGAGAUUGCUACCUAAGAGAGUGUGCUCUGCCCAUCUGGGUGGCUGGAGAGUGGGGCGAGUGCAGCAAGUCCUGCGGCAGGUCCGGCACUCAGACUCGCUCUGUUCGUUGCGUCCAGCCAUUGGGCGACGGCAAGUUCAAGUCCAUACGCAGCCGCUACUGCAGUGAUGAGCGUCCAGAAUCUCGCCGUGACUGCAACCGCAUGCUCUGCCCUGCAGAGUGGAAACUGGGGCCUUGGUCACAGUGUUCAGUGUCGUGUGGUAAUGGUACUCAGGAGAGGCAGGUACUCUGUCACACUCGGGACAACACCAUCGGCCUCUGUCUGGACUCCAAACCAGCAGCACUGCGACCGUGCAGAAUGGAUCCGUGCCCCAAGAGCAUGUCGGACUUCAACAAGCACGGUAACUUCCUGAUCCAGUGGCUUUCGCGUCACGACCCCAAGUACCCAGUGCAGAGGAUCCCAAAGCAACGGUGUAAUGGUGACCGCUCAGCGUUCUGCAAGAUGGAGGUACUGUCCCAGUACUGCUCACUGCCGGGCUUCCAGCGCAUAUGCUGCAAGUCCUGCAACACCACGAGCACCACAAGAACCACUGCACCUAACAGCCUUCCAUUUACUACUCCAAGACUGACCAAUGGGGUGCCCUCCAGCCCCACCAAAAGCUCCAGUUCUACCCAGAUGAAGACCACAAUGGCACCUACUGCUGAAAGUCUCAGUUCUACCCAGAUAAAAACCACAAUGCCACCUACUGCCAAAAGCCCCAGUUAUACCCAGGUAACAACCACAAUGCCACCUACUGCCAAAAGCCCCAGUUAUACCCAGGUAACAACCACAAUGUCACCUACUGCCAAAAGCCCCAGUUAUACGCAGGUAACAACCACAAUGCCACCUACUGCCAAAAGCCCCAGUUAUACCCAGGUAACAACCACAAUGCCACCUACUGUCAAAAGCCCCAGUUAUACCCAGGUAACAACCACAAUGCCACCUAUUGCCAAAAGCCCCAGUUCUACCCAGAUGACAAUCACAACACCACCUACUGCAAAACCCCCAAAUUCUGCCCAGAAGAAAACCACAACACCACCUACUGCCAAAAUUCCCAUUUCUACUAAGAAGAAAACCACAACGCCACCUACUGGUAAAAGCCCCAAUUCUGCCCAGAAGAAAACCACAACGCCAUCUACUGCCAAAAUUCCCAGUUCUACUAAGAAGAAAACCACAACAUCAGCUACUGCAAAAAGACCCAAUUCUGCCCAGAAGAAAACCACAACGCCACCUACUGCAAAAAGCCCCAAUUCUGCCCAGAAGAAAACCACUACGCCACCUACCGCUAAAAGACCCAAUUCUGCCCAGAAGAAAACCACAACGCCACCUACUGCAAAAAGCCCCAAUUCUGCCCGGAAGAAAACCACAACGCCACCUACUGCCAAAAUUCCAAGUUCUACUAAGAAGAAAACCACAACGCCAUCUACUGCAAAAAGCCCCAAUUCUGCCCGGAAGAAAACCACAACACCACCUACUGCCAAAAUUCCCAGUUCUACUAAGAAGAAAACCACAACACCACCUACUGCUAAAAGCCCCAAUUCUGCCCAGAAGAAAACCACAACACCACCUACGGCCAAAAGCCCCAAUUCUGCCCAGAGGAAAACCACAACGCCACCUAAUGCCAAAAUACCCAGUUCUGCUAAGAAGAAAACUGCAAAGCCGCCUACUGCCAAAAGCCCCAAUUCUACCCAAAAGAAAACCACAACACUACCUGCUUCCAGACGUCCAAGGACCACUGCAGCAGGUACUUCUCCGCUUACAACCACAGGACACAAUAUCUGGUCUUAUACAUACUUUGCAACAUCUACAGCUGCUAUUGCUGCCACUUUGUAUCCUAUUAAUGAACAAACUACAACACCCAGUAUCUCUAAGACCACAUCGAAUAUCUUCCCCAUAGAGCUAGGCAUGUCUUCUGCAGCGGUGACCACCGGUGUCAACGUCAUCUUUGAUAUUAGUGAUGAUGUGACAGCUAGCACUAAUGAAAUUAGCAACAGUGUCACUAGUACAGAAGGCUUGUCCAGCAGCAUGACCCUACUUGAGGACACACUGGUCAGCAGUGGUGAACCUCCUGAGUUCCAGACCACAGUGGGCAAUGGAGAUGAAGAAAAAGAGUUCACCACAUCAGGUUGGCUGGAUGCCACAAUGUCUGGGGAUGCUAGCGCACCCUUAAUAUUGACAACAAGCAAAGGAGAAACUAAAACACCUGAAGAAAUUGCUGCCAUGGCAACAACACCUGUUACAAAACCAACAACAUUGCCCAUAACAACGGCAUCGACAACAGUGCCCAUGACAAAGACAUCCAUUAUGAGGCCAGCCAUGAUGACUGCAACAAUGACCACAAUAGAGGAGCCAUCAACAACACAAAAGACAACCACAACCACAUCCAGACCACCUGAAAGAGAAGAGGAAAACAAUGCUAUUGAAGUUCCAUUCCGAAUCACCGGGUUGGACACAGAGUUCCCUGAGAGCAAUGUGAUUCACCGGAGAAGCCGCAUCUUCUUGCACGAACGAACACGCAACAAGCGCAUACAGGAGCUGCUUGAGGAGAAGCGGAACUUUUUACGGCGAAUGAAAAGAGCUCAGAGCGUCUGAGCCCGGCCUGGUUUCUCUUAUAGAGAGAUGUGUCUAUGCAAUGAAAUCCACACUCUGUCUUGGUGCUUGGGUUAAGUACUGGAAGAUGGUUGAGCUCACGCGUCAUGGUACCAUCACUGCCACAGAGUGCUUCCCCACGUUCACUGUCCAAAGCAUGGCAAACUGAACUUUGUGGAGCAAAACCACUAGCAAAUGUUUGCACACUUGCUUAGAACGCAAAGAACUUUUGCUUCAAAGCGAUAUUUGUAGAAACCAGGAAAUAAGGCCAAAAGGAUUUGUAGCUAUACCAUUUUAUCCUGUGACAAAAACAUUUUUGUCUGCAUUUCCACAUAGACCCCAUACUGUACACAUAUAGCAGGCACAUAUUUUUCUCUAUGCAAAUGCAUAUUCAGAAUGAUAUAUGAAAAGAUUUAAUAUUUAGGUUUGAAAAACUCUGAUACAGACACCAUGCCAACCUUAUUCGUUAUGCACCAUUAUGCAUGUAGACAUGAUAAAACAGUGGCUGUUCUACGGCGUAAAUGGCAGUGAGUUCCUUUAUGGCAUUCCUUAUUUUAAUACUCAUUAAUUAAACUAUUAGCAUUUGAAUUUGGAUUCUUGUUCUUGAUAAGUUCAAACUCAUGUACAGCACAAUAUAUUUUCCUCAGUUUUCUAGAUAAUUGCACACAGGGUAUGAAAGAGCUAUUAAAGGGGAAUUCCAUCCAAAAAAAUCUGCAUAAUUCAGUGUUCGAGACGUAAACAAAGUCAUUUAGAGUGGCUACUGUCUCUGAU